AUGAGCUACAAAAAAAAAACCUGUGAUCCAACAGAGGAUGUGAAGAAAGGAAAGCUUGUUGCAAAAAAUUUCUCUUGUGGAGCUGCUUUCGUUGAGUUUACAGAGCAUCAGCAUGCACUUGUGGCCCUGAGAGUUUGGAACAACAAUCCUGGCUCAAAUAGACCAGAUACUCAUCCAAGCAAGAAGUCCAAAAACUUGAAAUUGGAUGACUCGGUACCAAAUAAAGAAGAUGAAGUCGAAAAUAAGUUUAAUGAUGGAGCUGCCACCGAAAGACAGAGAGGUCUAAGAGGCAGAAAAGUGGUCCAUUUGGAAAGGAAAAAAAGAUCUCAUCAAAGGUAUCAGGACACUCAACAACAGAGAAGGCGGAAGGCUCAAAACGUGAACCAAGGAAUUAUCAAGAUGGCAGGAAGGCUGGUGGUGGAAGAUCAUCCGAAGGAGCAGAAAGAGGUAGAGGGAGGGAGGGGGGGAAUUGACGUGACGAGGAGAAAGAAGUCAAAGAAGAAUAAGGGCCCAUUAGGGCGGGAUGUUACAGAUAAACUCGGCAUGCUGAUUGAACAAUAUAGAUCCAAGUACUCGCAACAGAGCACCGUCCGACCUGAUGGUGUAAAGCAAGGUUCCAGAAAGCUUAGAAAAUGGUUCCAAACAUAA